CAAAUGGCGAAUCUGGUGUGCGCCAUCGACCCGCUGUGCCAGCUGUUUGUGGCCAAGAUUGCCGACGGCCACUACGGCUACUCGGCUGUGCGCGCGGCCGCGGCGGUGAACUGGGCCAUCAACAAGGGCGUGGACAUCAUCUCGAUGAGCUUCACGACGACCGAGAACGACGGCGCGUUCAAUGAGGCCGUGCGGCAGGCCAUGAAGAGUGGCAUCCUCGUCGUCUGCAGCCACCACGACGAGGGCGCGCGCAUCAGCACCGAGGUCUUCCCCGCCUGCCUUGGCGGCGACGGCCCCGGCCGCGAGAACACGAUGCUGCGCAUGGCCAGCUGCAACAUGUACGGUAAGCUGCAGCACGACUGGGACGACAACACUGCCGACGACGCCAACAAAAAGAACAACCAGUACGACUUUUGCAUCAACAGCCAGGACGUCGCCGUCGGCCCCAUCCCCUUCCUCGCCACCUCCACCGAG